CUCAAAGUUGAUACAAAUUUUUUAACUAUAGUGGAAUAUUUUUUAUUCUCCAAACACAUUAAUUCAAGGUUAUCAUGCAAUUGCAAACCAGUUAAGCUGAAAGUUCAUGAAUUGAGAGUUUAGACUGGUUGAGACGAUACAUUAGUUAGGUAGUCAUCAAAAUAAAUACAAUUAAAACUAUUAAAAUUUUCGUACUUAGUUCUAACAGUGAUACGAAGAACAAGUGGCGUGUUGUGAUUAGUGAUACUAAUUACUAGUACUAAUAGAUUUAUUGUGAUAUCAUGCGUUUUUUAAUUUUAUUUUAACAAGUUUUAUUCAAAAAUAUUAAAAUGGCACCAAACUUUAGUAAAUUUACCUCAAGAACUGAUGUUAAAAUUGCUUUAGCAGCUAGUGCUGCACUUAGUGCUUGGAUUAUUAAGAAAGCCAUAAAAUCAAGUCAAACUAAAACGAAAAAAUCAAAUCGCCUUACAUUAGAAGAGAGUGUACAAUAUAUGAUCAAAGAUAAGGACAAAAGAGGGCUGAAAGCUGAAAUUAAUUCAAAAUUCUUCCGAGAGCUGUUAGUACUAUGGAAGAUAAUGGUGCCGGGAGUGUGGUCGAAGGAGAGCGGCCUCAUGGUGAUGAUAGCAGUGUCUUUGGUAUCAAGAACGCUUUGCGAUUUAUGGUUUAUUCAGCAUACGACACAUAUAGAAGGAUCAAUCAUCACAAUGAACGCGCCAGAAUUUAAGAAACUGCUGAUUCAGUUCUUCAUGGCCAUGCCAUUGAUAUCGCUUGUAAAUAACGCUUUAAAGUGGAGUAUUGGAGAAGUGAAGCUUAGAAUAAGGACUAAUUUAUCACUACAUUUAUACGAGCAAUAUUUAAAGGGGUUCACGUACUACAAGGUGACGAAUCUGGACAGCCGGAUCGCGAACGCUGACCAGCUGCUCACCACAGACGUGGAGAAGUUCUGCGACACCAUCAUCGACCUGUACAGCUACAUCAGCAAGCCGCUGCUGGACAUAGCUCUCUACCUCUACCGCCUCACCGUCAACCUGGGACCAGAGACGCCUGCCCUGACCAUGUCAUAUUUGUUAGCUUCUGGAAUGUUCUUGACUUAUCUUCGGAGGCCAACGGCUCGUAUGACAGUACAAGAGCAGAAACUGGAGGGUGAAUACAGAUUUGUCAACUCGAGACUUAUUACUAAUGCUGAAGAGAUUGCAUUCUAUCAGGGCAACAGACGCGAACACCUCACGUUGCUGUCGAGCUUCUACAAGCUGACGCGGCACCUGCGGAACUUCCUGCACUUCCGAGUCGCUAUGGGAUUCAUUGACAACAUCGUCGCUAAAUAUAUUGCCAUCGUGGUCGGCUUCUACGCUGUCUCGCGGCCGUUCUUCGUGAAAGACCACAACCUGUUGACAACUGGAUCCGAUCAGGACAGAUUUAAGUACUACUACACGUACGGUCGGAUGCUGGUCAAGUUGGCGGAGGGUAUCGGUCGCCUGGUGCUGUCAGGCCGCGAGGUCAGCAAGUUGUCCGGGCUCACGGCGCGAGUGACCCAGCUGCGGACGGUUCUCGCUGACCUGCACCAGGGGAAGUACUCACGCACCAUGCUGGAGUCCGCUGCGCACGCGCACGCCAACGGUACAGUUUCAGUGAUGAACCUGCAGCCAGGCGCGGGGCGUAUCAUCUACCAGGACAACAUCAUCCGCUUCGACCGGGUGCCGUUGGUGACGCCCAACGGAGACGUGCUCAUUAAAGAGCUCACGUUUGAAGUCAAGUCUGGCAUCAACGUGUUGGUGUGCGGGCCCAACGGUUGCGGCAAGUCGUCCAUGUUCCGAAUGCUCGGCGAACUGUGGCCAAUAUUCGGCGGAACGCUCACCAAGCCGCCCAAGGGGAAACUGUUCUACGUGCCGCAACGACCUUACAUGACCCUCGGAACCUUCAGAGACCAGGUAAUAUAUCCUCAAACUCGCGAUGAGAUGUUGCGACGCGGACGCACAGACGAAGAGCUCAACCGCUUCCUGGAUAUAGUGCAGCUGUCGUACCUCACGCAGCGGGAGGGCGGCUGGGACUCCGUGGAGGACUGGAUGGACGUUCUCUCCGGGGGGGAGAAGCAGCGGAUAGCGAUGGCGCGGCUAUUCUACCACGCGCCACAGUUCGCGAUCCUGGACGAGUGCACCAGCGCCGUGUCGGUCGACGUAGAAGGCCAGAUGUAUCAGUACUGCAGAGAGAUGGGCAUCUCCCUGUUCACGGUGUCUCACCGCAAGUCCCUGUGGAGACACCACGACCAUUUCCUGCAGAUGGACGGACGAGGCUCCUACGCGUUCGGGGAGAUUGACAACCAGACCGAGGAGUUCGGGUCGUGAUCCCGACGGCAAGGAUUAGCGCGCGGCAGGAUUGUGGUGUUUCUAAAAUACAAUGAUUAAUUGGUUGCGCGUAUACGCAUCAGGAAACUAUGAAAUUCGAAGGCAUAUAACAAUCGUUUUUAUGAAUAUGAUUUUAAUAAGUGUUAAAUAUGUUUAAAUAAACUUUUAAUUUGUGGGAUAUUAAAAUAAAGAUUAAGCGCCGCCAUUGGUCAAAACAUAUCUGACGUAAAGACAACUAAAUGUCAAGUUUUAACCUAAUCCCUCCACGUGAUUGUUAUUUUAAACUGGUAGGUACAUAUAUAACAAUAAAUUUUCUUAACAAUUCAUGUGUAACUGUCUCCAUCUGUUUGCUGUUUUUAAUGCGAUUUCUAAACUAUGGUAUAUAAAAUUAUAGUAUAUUUAUUCCUAUAAUUCACAUAAUACAAUCUACUUACUUCGCAAAUGUAGAGCACAUGAAUAACUUAUAUAAAACUGACUAAUCUGCCUUUUUAAUGGUCUUUAUGUAAAAUUUUGAUAUUUACAAAUUGUACUCGAAACUCAAAUCGUUCACAUCGCUGAAUUAUAUUUGAGUUAAAAACAACUGUUUAUAUUAUUCUUGUGAUUUCGAAAUAGUGACCUAUGUCCCCGGAUGCCUGGGAAAGAGUGGACAGACUUAUUAAACUCGUUUUAUACGCGCAUUCAAUGUUACUCCAUCGUCAUGCCCACUGCAAUUGACCAUUUGAAAUGUUAUAUCACAAAGCUCCAUCGAAUGUUUGACACUGACA